GGCACCCCAAUAUACGUGUUUCCGGGAUAACUCCGCGUGUUUCCCGUUCCAGGUGGUCCCUGCCCAUGGCCAUGUCCAUCACCCACCGUGGCACCGGCAUCGCCCUCAGCCUGGGCGUGUCCCUGUUCGGCCUGGCCGCCCUCCUGCUCCCGGAGUCCUUCCCCCAUUACCUGGCCCAGGUGAGGGCCCUGAGCCUCGGCCCUGCCCUGCUCUGCUCUGCCAAGUUCCUGCUGGCAUUCCCGCUCUCCUACCACACCUGGAAUGGCAUCCGGCACCUGGUGAGGGGCUGGCACGGGAAUGGGAAACAUUGGGAUGGGAAUGGGGCACGUUGGGAUGGGAAUGGGGCACAUUGGGAUGGGAAUGGGGCACAUUGGGAUGGGAAUGGGCAG